UUUGGUGGGUCGUCAAAGUUUGGAGGCAAAUAAUUGAAGCUGUUUUGGUUUUUUCAUUGGACCUGUUUUUUACUUUACAGGUCCCAAGCUUAGUGCACAACCCCUUGGUUCACAUAAUUAACAAAUUCUUCCGGGUUAAUGGACCGAAAAUUCACCGCAAAAUGGAUUUGGCGCAAUAUCCCGUAUAUCCACGGGGCAGUCCGGACGACCCUUUGGCUGAUCCUUACGACGAUCCUUCGUAUAGUUUCAGCUUCCGUUCAGGGGACCAAUCCCGCACUGAGAAUAGUGAUUCCAGUGGUCGUGUGAGAGGACUUUAUUCAUUCUUAGAUGAUGUUGGCGAACGUCACAGCGUUCGGUAUGCAGCGGGUGCGGGAACCGGGUUCGAAGUCUUUAAUUCUAUACCAGACAAUCCGGCGAGUGUGGCAUAUGCGGCUCCACUUUACAAGGCUCAUCCAAAGACGCGCGGCAAGAUGACCACCCAACGUGGGCCUGAUGGCACUUAUAAAUUAAUUGCCGCCGGUCCUGACCACCGUCGUGCAGAAAGCCGAAGCUCAGAUGGUGUUGUGAGAGGCACUUACUCCUAUUUAGAUGAUUCGGGUGUGCAGCGCACUGUGGAGUAUAUCGCCGGUCCUGGCAUUGGGUACAGAAUAGUGAAGAACAGAAUGGGACCCGGAUCGCAUAUAAAUCCCUCUAUAGCUGAAUUCCGAUUGAGCGAUACGGAUUUUAAACUGGCGAGUGAUUUUGGCCGGGGGGCUGGUGGAAGUGAGUCAAGCAGAGGCGGAGGAGACGGUAGUCGGAGUAAAGACGUUGAUAACAUAAACGCUUUUGGAAACUCGGGAAAAGUUCGUACAUCUAAUGAAAAUGAAUCGAAUGAUAAUAACUCGGAUGAUAGGAUCUCAGUACCCAAGAGUGGCGGUGUUAAUACAGGAAAAAGUGAUCGGAUGGGUUCCGCCAGUAGCAAUCGCGGGACAACUCGCUAUGGGUCGGGCAAUGAGGGAAAUAGAGGAGGCUUGUUGGAAGGCGGGUAUGAUUACAGUUCGCCCCGAAACCGAGGAAAGCCAGACAACAAUAAUCGAAACAAUAAUCGCAAUGUAAUCACAUCCGAUGACCGCAGUGGCGUCCGCAGUCGAGAACCAAACUAUUCGCCAUCACGCGGUUCCUCCAAAUCCAGCAUCCCAAUGGGGAGCAGUCGUAAUGGCGGCUCUGGUGGUGAUGGUAGUGCUUACAACUACGAUUCAACGUCAUUAUCGGAUUCACUAGAUUUCAGUGAUGAUGACCUUGGAUCGUUGCCACCAUUAAUAACAAGCAACCACAAGAUACUGCAAUUGAAUCGCGAUAGAGAUUGGUUGCAUCGACACCGCGACUCCACGGUUAUAAAAAAUGUUGGAAAAUGGUAUAUCGGGCUUCCGCCGGGACACAGCGUGCGUGCGCAUGUGCAGAAUAUAGAUUUGCUUCCGCUUGGUGGACGACGGGUGCCGUCCCCAUCAGAGGCAUUGCGCCAGGAUGAAAUUGCAGAUAUGAUGACAUCAAUGGAGAAUAAUGCAUCGACGUACAAUAGCUAGGGCUAAAGAAAUAAAGACAAUAAUUUCGAAAAACAUAUAUGUAUGUAUGUACAUAU